AGACGCCAUUAAAGCUAUGCUGAUGAUCCAGUUGGGUGUGCGAUCUUUCCUUUUUUCUCCUUCCAGCAAUCGAAGCCUUCACUACUCCAAAAAAAACGAGCUUCUCGAUUCUCUUAUUUCCUUCUCAUUCGUCUUUUGUCUCUAGACAUUUAGACAAUCUUUAGGUUUUUCUUUGCUUCAGAUCCAUGAGGAAAUUCUGGUUUUGCUAACUUACAGAAGUUAUCCAUCUUUCACUUUGAAGAUGUUGAAGGUCUGCUAAGAGAUCUCUAAAAGGAGGUGGAUAAAACAUUGUAUGUUGUAGCUUACAACCUAUUCAAUGGGUGGAAUUGUGUCAAUCGUCCAUCUAUUGCUCCUCGUUCUCCUCUGUGGACAUUCCAAAGGGGAUCCAAGAUCUCAAACAGUGGAAGUCACUUGUUCGAGACAAUUGGAACACAAUUCAACGGCAUUUGUUCCGAACUUCCUUGCUGUAAUGGAUAGCAUUGGCAGUCAGAUCCGAUCCGAUGGUUUUGGCAUGGCAACUGUGGGCUCAGGGCCAGAUGCAGACUAUGGACUAAGCCAAUGCUAUGGUGACCUCUCCUCUCUAGACUGCGUUUUAUGUUAUGCCGAGGCUCGAACUGUUCUUCCCAAAUGCUUUCCCAAUACUGGUGGACGCAUCUAUCUCGAUGGUUGCUUUAUGAGAUCUGAGAAUUAUAGCUUCUUUUCGGAGUAUAUCGGCCCUGAAGACAGGGCAAUAUGUGGAAAUAAAACUAGUAAAGGUAGAACUUUCGAACAGGCAGCCCGGCAAGGUUUGCUGGAGGCCAUAAAUAAAGCUCCUGGAAAUGGUGGCUAUGCAAAAAUUUCAGUUCCCGAAACCAAGGGCUCGAAUCACUCAGCUUAUGUUUUGGCUAAUUGUUGGAGGACACUGAAUGAGACCACUUGCAAGGCCUGUCUAGAGAAUGCAUCAGCUUCAGCAGUUCGAUGCUUACCUUGGUCGGAAGGCCGUGUGCUCAACACAGGUUGCUUCUUGAGAUAUUCCGACACGAAUUUCCUUAAUCCAGAUAAGAGCGGAAGCCAUCAAAGAAGGAGCAUUAUAGCUAUGGUUGUUGCUGUUGGUAGUGCUCUCAUAGUUGUUGUCGUCGGGAUUAUGGUUGCGGUAAGGGUGUGGAAACAAAGGAAACUAAAGAAGAGAAGAGGUUUGAAUAAUUCAGUAAGCAUCGAAGCAGGCUUAUACAAUAAUAGUUUGAACUUCAAGUAUUCUACACUUGAGAAAGCUACAGGAGGCUUUUCUGAUUCCAACAAGCUCGGGCAAGGAGGUUUCGGUACAGUUUACAAGGGAACGCUGGUCGACGGACGAGAAAUUGCUGUGAAGAGGCUGUUCUUCAACAAUAAGCACCGCAUCGCAGAUUUCUACAAUGAAGUCAACAUAAUUAACAGUGUGGAGCAUAAGAACCUUGCUAGGUUGUUGGGUUGCAGUUGCUCGGGACCUGAAAGCCUUCUUGUUUAUGAGUUCCUCCCAAACAAGAGUCUCGACGGUUUCUUAUUCGAUCCUGAGAAGGGCAAGGAAUUAAAUUGGCAAAGAAGGUUGGGCAUCAUUACGGGGACGGCUGAAGGUCUUUCUUAUCUGCAUCAGGACUCGAAGAUUAAAAUAAUCCAUAGGGAUAUCAAAGCAAGCAACAUCCUACUAGACAUAAAAUUUCGACCGAAAAUUGCUGAUUUUGGACUAGCAAGAACAUUCCAAGACGACAAGAGCCAUAUAAGCACCGCAGUAGCAGGAACACUAGGUUACAUGGCUCCAGAAUACUUAGCCCGUGGACAACUGACAGAGAAGGCUGAUGUCUUCAGUUUUGGAGUGCUUAUGAUUGAGAUAGUGACCGGAGCAAAGUUUAUGAAUGCAUGGAAGCAUUUUCAAUCAGGAACAAUUGAUGAGAUGAUCGAUCCAAAUAUUCUUCUUGACAAUUAUCAAGAUAUCAACACAGUGAAGGAGGAAAUAGUGCGGGUGUUCCAUGUGGGACUUCUAUGCACCCAAGAGAGUCCUUCACUUAGGCCAUUAGUAUCAAUUGCUUUGCGGAUGUUGUGCACUGACAGAGAACUUCCUGCACCCACCAAGCCACCUUUCACCGACGAGACCACAAUGGAGCUCGACGAGACCAAAGAUGUAGAAUGCCAUCCAUCUCCUUACUCCAUUGCUAGCGUCUCCACCGGUUCAUUCUAUCCACGGUAAUCAGUGUAGGUGUUUGAGUGGUUCUACUCUCAACCAAAAAUAAAACAUGGUACUUGUAAGAUUGAUGUCUUUCUCGAAGUAAUUAUGUUAUUAUUUUUCUAAGAUGUAUUAUGACAACUUAUCAAUCAACAAACUUGUGGUUUCUUUAAGUUUCCCAAAAUGUAAAAUUGAUUCUAUUGAAGUCCA